GAAUUCCGAGCGUCAAGAAAAGAAUCCCCAACGGUGCAAUUGAGAUCUCAGCUACGCUCAGCUCUCUUCCGUGCCUCACUGGAACAUCCACAUUUGAUUUCGAUUUUUCCGAAGGACAUCGAUGCUACUUUUGCAGUCUCAUUCAAGGUUUCUGCUACAGACCUUGAUGAAUCGGAUUCAAAAUCUUGAAAAAGGUGUUGAAUUGGACUACCACUGGUUUGAGUUUGAUGAUGUUCGAUAUCAUGUUCAGGUGACUAUGAAGAAUCCGCAUAUUUUGUUGUUAUCGGUAUCAUUGCCCAUCCCUCCUCCAGAAACCAUUUUCAUGGGUGGACUUCCUUCUGGAGCCAUAGAAGCAAUAAAAUCUUCAUAUGGCACGACUGUACAAAUUCUUGAUCCUCCAAGGGAUGGCUUUAACCUCACAUUAAAAAUAAAUCUUUCCAAGCUUCCUACAAAUCAAGAUCAAAGAUAUGCUCUUUUGCUAAAAGUUGCAUCGGUUAGGGAAGUGGUCCUAGGUGCACCACUGAGAGUAAUUCUAAAGCACCUUGCUAGAAGAACUGUUGCUCCUGGUUUGAGCCCACUUGUUGCCCUUGUGCAUCGGCCAAAUGAGUCUUUCUUUCUUCUUCCUCAGGCUGACAAGGUGAUUGUGGUGUAUCCUAUGAGAUUCAACGAUUCCAUAGACAUUGUUCUUGCAACUUCCUUCUUGCAGGAAUUUGUGGAAGCCAGGCGGACAGGUGGGUUAUAUAAUGCCCCCCCUUGUUCAUGGUCUCUUUCUCCUCCAGCAGAACUAAAAGAAGCACCCGCACAUGCAUUAUCAGCAAAUGCAGGAUUUGUAACAUUUGUUAUCCUCCCCCGUCAUGUAGAAGGCCAGAAAUUAGAUCGCACAGUCUGGAAUUUAUCAACUUUUCAUGCAUAUGUUAGCUAUCAUGUUAAGUGCUCUGAAGGAUUUAUGCAUACACGGAUGCGGCGUCGAGUGGAGUCCUUGAUUCAGGCGCUGGAUCGCGCGAAGCCAGAUUUUGAGGAUUCAAAGAUAACAUCACAGACCCGAUCCUUCAAACGAAUGAGCCUGAAGGAUUCAAAGUCAAGCAACAACUCAUUUUCAUAAAGGCAAAGCAUGAUGAGAAAGCAGCGUUGUGCUUAUUUUAGAUCAAACGAUGGGCAUCCAAGGAAUUGCCGGUAUAUUUUUGUGGACUGUUCCGGAUGCCUGUAGUAAUGCCAUGCUUCCUUUGGAUUCAAACAUGAUUAACGUCCAAGAAUCGCUGGCCUCUAUCUCCAGAAUGUUCCAGAGCAUUGUAAUUUAUUCCUGGGAGUAUGAGAAAAAUGAUUAUUAACCAAUUGAAUGAAUUAACCGUUACCUUGUCCGAUAUUGUCACCCAUCUACCUGUUUUGGGGUACACUUCUAAAUUCCCUCCCUUCCGUAGCAUUUAUGUAGCGUUCCUUUUGUUGUAAAUGUAUUCAGCAUGUUAUGUAGCAUUUACGAGGUUACAUUGGAAUUGGACUAUAGUAUCCCGGCUUAGUUAAGGGAUAAAUGAUUUUGUAGUUCGCAAACGAAUUCUAUUGGCAACCAAACAUUUCAGAGGUCU